AUGAACAGUUCAGGAAGUUCCUUCAAUUCUUCGAGGAACUUAUUGAAUAGUCCCCGAACAUCCAAUAUACUAAAUAUGUGUUCUCAAAAUCAUAACAAUAAAAAUUAUAAUUCAGAUAAUGAUAUAUUAAUUAAUGUGAUUUUAGAAAACUGUGUACAUGAAUGGUUUCCUUUUUUAAAAGAUGAACAUGAUGAUAUAGAUAAGGGAGAUGAAAAGAACCAACAUAACUUAAAUAACGAAAUAAAUAAAUUGAAGAAAUAUUAUAAAGGAGUAAAAUCUUCUGACUUUCCGUUACCAAGGUUAUAUAAAACAAAUCGAAGUAUAUGUAACUUGAAUGAAGAUAAUGAAGAUGAAUCUAUUUUUUAUAAUAGUAAUAGUAUAUAUAUGAAUAUAUUAAAUGAAAGUAAUACAGACAAUGUACAGACAAAUAAUUAUUUUAAUGAAUUUGUUAAUCAUCAAGAAAAUAAAGAAACAGAAGGAGAACUUAUAUGCGAUAAAAAGAAAAAAGAAGAACAAAAAAGUGAUGAAAAAUGUGUAAAUGUUACAAAUGAUGUCAAUGACAAUAUUUCUUUUUAUGAUUGCAUAGGUGAUAUCAGUAGUAUUAAUAAUAAUAAAUAUGAUGAUAAUAAUAAUAAUAAUAAUAAUAAUAAUGAUAAUCAUAAUAAUUAUGAUAACAACAACAAUAAUAAUAAUAAUAUUGAUGAGGAUGAAUAUGUUCAGGAAACAUUUUCAUCACGUGAGGAAAAAACACUGAACACUAAAAAUCAGAAAAAGGAAAAUUUAAAGCAUUAUAUAGAUAUCAAGGAUAAAGAAUAUUUAAAAAAAAAAGGAGACGAAGGUGUUAGUAAAGAGGAAUGUGAAAAUAUGUCAUCAGAAGGAAGAAGAAAUUAUAGUUGUGAUAAUAAAUAUGAUGGUAAACGCGAUGAUUUUUAUAAUGACAAGAGUGAUCAUAUUAAUCAUUCAAAUUUUGAUAGCUCUCCCUUUUGGCUAAAAAAUUACAAGAACAUUUCUAAUUAUAGUAAUAAUAAUAGUAAUAGUAAUAGUAAUAUCACCCAUAUGAAUAAUACAUAUAAUAGCAUGAGCAGAAUUGAAAGUAAUUAUAGUAUUAAAGAUGAGGAAAAUAAAAUUAUUAAUACAAAUAACAAAGAUGUUAAUAUAUACAAUACUAUAGAUGUAAAUGUGGAUUCUACAAAUAAUGUCAACAAAGUAGAAAAUGAUAUUUAUUUGGAUAAUGAUAAUAGAAAUAUAAAUUCCAUCAUUCAAGAAAUAAAAAAUGAAGAAGCAAAAGAAAAAGAUUUUACAAUGGAUUCAUAUGGAAAUAUGUACCUACGUAUAUGUCUGAAAGUCUUAAAAAAAAACGUAGAUUAUUUUUUAUCACCCAUGAAUUUAAAUAAUGAAAAACUUGUUUAUGAAAAAAAAAAAAUCAAAGAAAUUUUAAAAUUGUAUGAUAAAUUAUUUUAUAGCCAUUUUAAAUUCAUACCAAAUAAAAUUUACAAAGAAAUAUUGAGACCUAUAUAUACCUACUAUCAAAAUUUAAAGUCCAAUAUGGUAGGAGGUGUAUCUACUACAUCCUUCGACGCAAAAUCAAGAAAUGUUUCUAUAUCUUCAUCCUGUUCUUCUUUUCGCAGAGAUUUUGAUAUUCCAAAAAAGAACGCAACGUGCAAAGAAGAUGAAGAAAACAAAGUUAUACAAAAGAAAAAUUCAUUUUCCAGCGAAUAUACCAAUUUAGGGAGCUUUUCAAAUAUUAUUAAUGACAUGACUGUUAAAAAUAUAUUACAGGAGGUUGAUGAAAGUUCAGAUAUUAGUCAUUUAGAAACGGAUUACAAAUAUAUAUACAAAGAUUUAUUAAAAUUGAAAAGUUUAUUGUUAAAGAAAAGAUAUUACAAAAAUAUUUUAUUCGAAUAUCAAAAGAAUUUUGUUCAAAUUAAUAAUAGAUGUGUUAAAACAUAUAGGGAUAUAUAUCCUGUGGAAAAGGAGUAUAAAACAUAUACUCAAAUAAAAAAGCAAACUAUUGAAGUGAUCAAUUCGAUUAAUAUAAAUUAUAAAAAAUAUUACUCAAAUAUAUAA